CGCGACUUCCGCCUGUGUAGUCGAAGUGGUGCGAACCGGGCGGAGUAAUAUCUUGAUACGACCGGCGGCCUUUGUGCUCGCUAACGGAAUCGGAUUCAUGGAUCAAAAAACACACUUUUCCUGCAAAUGCUUCGACGCAGCGACCCCUUUGUCACGUCACUACUCCCCAACCAACCCCGCGCAUUCUUUUCUCUCCUCUUCCCUUUCUCUCUUAACCUGCUAACCCCAUUCCUUCCCCUCUUCCUUUCAUCUUUCCUCUCUCCUUCCUCCUCACUUUCUCUUUCCCCCCGUCGCCAGGCGGAAACCUUCCGACCUACCACCCUCCAUUAUGACUCGUCCACUUUCCCAUGACAGAACCAGGGGCGGGAAUCAAAUGACCGGCUUCUCUGCCUUCACCUGGUCCCUCAGCUCGGGCUGUGAAAGAAAGCUUUGUGCCCCCGAACCCUUCAUCGCCUCCGGAGGGAAAGCAUGAAGUGGUUCAUCCUGGUGGCCCUGUUCGGGCUCGGCCUCGCCCAGCACAACCCGCACACCAAGCAUGGGAGGACGGCCAUCGUCCACCUGUUUGAGUGGCGCUGGGCCGACAUCGCUGCAGAGUGUGAGCGCUUCUUGGGUCCCAAUGGCUUUGGUGGAGUUCAGAUCUCCCCUCCAAAUGAGCACAUUGUGCUGAACAAUCCCUUGAGGCCCUGGUGGCAGAGAUACCAGCCAGUCGGCUACAACCUGUGCUCCAGAUCUGGCAGCGAGAAUGAGCUCAGAGACAUGAUCACCAGAUGCAACAACGUUGGGGUCAACAUCUACGUGGACGCUGUCAUCAACCACAUGUGUGGAGCUGGUGGUGGAGAGGGAACCCACUCCUCGUGUGGAAGCUGGUUCAGCGCCGGCAGAAAGGACUUCCCCAGUAUCCCCUUUAGCCACUCGGACUUCAAUGACCACAAAUGCAGGACCGGCAGUGGCAACAUUGAGAACUAUGGUGAUGCCAAUCAGGUACGUGACUGCCGUCUGGUUGGUCUGCUGGACCUCGCCCUGGAGAAGGACUACGUCAGGGGCAAGGUGGCGGGCUUCAUGAACAAGCUGAUUGACAUGGGUGUGGCUGGAUUCAGAGUGGAUGCCUGCAAGCACAUGUGGCCCGGCGACCUGUCGGCCGUCUAUGGCCGCCUGCACAACCUGAACACCAGAUGGUUCUCUGGUGGCUCCAGACCUUUCAUCUUCCAGGAGGUUAUUGAUCUGGGAGGUGAGCCCAUCACAUCUAGAGAGUACUUCCAUCUGGGAAGGGUAACCGAGUUCAAAUAUGGUGCCAGACUGGGAAAUAUCUUCAGAAAAUGGAACGGCGAGAAGCUGUCUUACACAAAGAACUGGGGAGAGGGUUGGGGUUUCAUGCCCAAUGGCAAUGCUUUCGUCUUUGUCGACAACCACGACAACCAGAGAGGCCACGGCGCUGGUGGUGCCUCCAUCGUUACCUUCUGGGACCCCAAGCUCCACAAGAUGGCUGUUGCCUACAUGCUGGCCCACCCUUACGGAGUAACCAGGGUGAUGUCUAGCUUCCGCUGGAAUCGCCACAUUGUGAAUGGAAAGGAUCAGAAUGACUGGAUGGGCCCUCCCAGCCAUGGUGAUGGAUCCACCAAGUCUGUUCCCAUCAACCCUGACCAGACGUGUGGAGACGGAUGGGUUUGUGAGCACAGAUGGCGUCAGAUCAAGAACAUGGUCAAGUUCCGUAAUGUGGUCAACGGACAGCCUCAUUCCAACUGGUGGGACAACAAGAGCAACCAGGUUGCCUUCGGACGUGGUAAUCGUGGUUUCAUCGUCUUCAACAAUGACGACUGGGACCUGGAUGUGACCCUGAACACUGGCAUGCCCGGUGGCACCUACUGUGACAUCAUUUCCGGCCAUAAGGAUGGAGGCAGGUGCACCGGGAAGCAGAUCAACGUUGGAGGUGAUGGCCGUGCACACUUCAGGAUCAGCAACAGAGACGAUGACCCCUUCGUUGCUAUUCACGCUGAAUCCAAGUUGUAAACAUCCCAUGCAACGUGAAAUAAAUUUUAUUUUUGAAGACCUA